CAUUGUUACAUUUUUUCAACCCCUCAAGCUUCAAGAUUUUAACUUCGAGACCAACUAAUUUUCAACCAAAAAAGCGCUAGUCAAAAGUAAGAAACGGAAAUUUGGAAUAUGUGUUAAUAUUAUAUAAAUAUAAUAUUUUUUACUGCCAUACACGUGAAACAAUAAUGAGUAAUUAAAUUAAAAUAUAACAUUGAUUAAAUACGACCAAUAUGUUCGAGUGGGCAUAUAGUGGUGCAAAUAAGGCUGUGCCUAGAAAUGUAGGUCCUGAAUGUGCUUAUUUUUUGUCAACUAAAAGACAAAUAAUUGAAACUGUUUUAGUAUCAUCAAUAUGCAUCUACACAUUACUAAAGAUCUAUCCCAAGUUACAAAUAACAGAGAAAAAAUGUUAUUCAAAAUAUGACAGAGGUGGUAAACGCCUGUUGGUGAUCCUACUAUCUUUACUGUGGGGAAUGGAAAUUGGGUUCAAGUUUGCUUCUAGAACUGUCAUAUACUUGUUGAACCCUUGUCAUGUUACAACAUUGAUGCAGAUCUAUUUGCUGACCGCACCACCAAGUAACACGGUAACAACCAUAUUUCGUAUACAUUUGAAUUUAUUAAAUGGACCAUUACUUGCAUUCCUAUUUCCUGAAACAGCUUCAAGAACGAUUUUUGCUGAAGCAGCUUUAUAUUGGAUACAACAUGGAAUGAUGUUUGUAAUACCAUAUUAUUUACUGAGAAUUGGAGGUGUGUACAAUGUAGAACCAUUUUGGGACUUCAAUUGGUGUAUCUUCAGCUACGCCCUAAAUCUUCUUUACCAUUUCAUCGUUCUACAACUGAUUGCUAUUCCAGCUCAAGUGAACUUGAACCACAUGCUAUGUCCGGCCAUAUUGGAUCCAUUCGAUGGGCCGUGGUAUCGCACUGCGGCGGUCAUACAUCAAGCCUUGCUUUGUCCUUUGCUGUGUAAGAUUUUCUGUCUCUUUGCCGAUUUUUGCCUUACUAAAUUUCCUCCAACAAAAGUGAAACCACAAAUGUGUGACGUAUUGCAAGGAAAGGAUAUGGUUGUAGGAGAUCAUAAGUCAAUUGAUUAGUGACAAAAGUAAGGUGUUUAUGGUUUUGAUUUCGCCGAAGUUAACCCUUUCAGGGUAGUUAAGAAAUAUAUAAAUUAUUAUUGCCUAAUUUAGGAAAGUUGGUACUUUUAAUGACGUCCAUUUAAGGGGUUCUUAUUAAGGUUGAAACAACCUUAAGGUAAUUUUAGUAAAGUACAAAAUGUUUAUUAUGAAUGUAUAAUAAAUAUUUUCAAAUAUAAUUACAAUUCUCGUAAGACUAUUACGAGAAUUUAGAUCUGGUAUCAUCUGUGAUCAUCUGUGUGGUUUAAAUUAUUUUGUACUUGUUGAUUCUAUUUUGCGAUAUAAAAACAAAUAUGAAUUUUAAAAUAAUUAUAGUAAUACUUAAAUACGCUUAUGCAUUUUAAUCUAAAUACAAAUAUAAAGGGAUAAAGGUAUCGUACAUCAGUGGAAAUUGACAUAAUCCUCAAGGAAAAUGGUUUUACUGGACCAUCUCCUUCGGAUCCUUUUCAGAAUGAUGUCUAUUAAACUAAAUAUAUUUAAAAAAAAUUUGACUAUGGUUUAUAUUGGUGGAGGUUUGAACAGUAUUACAGGCGAAUAAAUAAUAUGGUAUACUAGGAUUUUAAAACGGAUAUAUAAAAAAAAUACUGUAUGUAAAUCACAAAGCAAUUGUAGUAAUAUUUAGUAGCGGUUGCUAGGAUCUCAGAGACCUUACUUUUUAAAAAUUAAAGCUUAGGGCUCACUAAUUGUAUUUAUGUAGAUUAGUGUGGAAUAUUUAAUGUACACAGGAAUAAAAAAGUACUAAAAUCUUCUCAUAAGGCACAUAUUUAAUGGAAAUGAAGUUGAUGUUAGAAGAAGGUAGUUUGAAAAGUGUCUUUAAAAAUUUCAGACAGUUUUAAACGGUAGCCAGUGAUAUCGCGUAGUGUUUUUUUCACAAUUUAACUAAAAAAAAUGUACCUGAAACCGUAAAAGGUGAAAUAAUUAACGGCUAGUGUUGGGCUGAUUUUGAAUACGAACAAUGUUAAGGCGACGUACCGUUUGGUUGAACGCCGAGUGUAUAUUAUGUUUGAAAAGAUUGCCUAAAAAGUCUUUUAUGUCUAAUGAUUUAAACUAAAUUUAAUGCACACGUUCUCUUUAAAUAUUCCUUUUGCAAUAGAAAUGUAUUUUAAAUUAAUUAGAAAAUAAAUUCUGAAUAAUAAUAGCCAAAUGAUUCUAUUAAUUUAGAAGGUUAAAUAAAUACGUUAUAUGCAGAAUAAAUUGUAGACAUUAUCGGUCUAAUCUGCUGCAUAAACUAUUGAUGAACGAUGAAUGAUGACGAAUCGUUGCCUUAAAUACCCGGUUAUCUACUAACAAUACGCGUUUGUCAAAUUAUUUAAUAGAAUGCGACUUUAUUUGAUGCUUUUUUCAUAUAAAUAUCUUGCUAUAAGAUAAAAUUUGUCCGGGCUUUAAAAUAUGCGGAUACAUCUGUACCUAACUGGAAAAUUAUUACAAUUAUUCCAAGCUUUAGAAACUUAAAACUAGGGGUAUAUAGUGCAAUAUGACACAGUGAGUGUUCAAAAUACUAUCGAUUAACAAUUUAUGAAAUACGGUUUUCAUUUCAAGUCAUAGUAAAACCAAAAAUUGGUUUUAAACUUGCAAUAGUUUAGGUAUCGAUAAAGAGUCAAAUUAAAUGAAAUUAGUUAAACUAUAUUGUUACUUGCACUAUAGUGUGAUGAGUGAAGCUGUAACUCAGCCUUUCGUAAUAAGAGCUAGAACCAAAUUAUAUAUUUAAAAUUCAAUAAAUAGAUUUAAGUGCUGCUCACCAAAGUGAUAUGACAUGUGUUUGUUUUUAUAAUAAAUGCCUUCUGCCUUA